AAAAGGAGAAGUGAGUCAUAUGAAUUGUCUACUUGGUGAGUCACGUGACCGCGGAGAAGGGAAACCCUGGUGAAGGAAGCAGGAAGUCAGUCCACUGAGAAGCAGAGCACAUAAACAUUACCAAAAAGAAACAAAAAUCCCACAAUGGCUGGUAUUAAAGCUUUGGUCGGGUUGUCUUUUAGUGGCGCCAUCGGACUGACGUUUCUGCUUCUGGGUUGUGCAGUGGAACAAUAUGGAGUUUACUGGCCGCUGCUGGUGCUGAUAUUUUACAUCCUGAGUCCGAUCCCCACCUUCAUAUCAAGACGUCUGAGUGAUGACACUGAUUCCUCCAGCAAUGCAUGUAGAGAACUGGCCUAUUUUGUAACAACUGGACUAGUCAUAUCGUCUUUUGGGCUCCCCAUCGUCCUCGCUCGCAACAACACAAUCCAGUGGGGCGCCUGCGGUCUUGUAAUGACAGGAAACGCUGUUAUCUUCCUCACAAUCCUCGGCUUUUUUCUGGUGUUCGGAGGUGGUGAGGACUUCAGUUGGGAACAGUGGUAAAGUGCUUUGUUGAAGUGAGCAGACACAAGGAUGGAUGAGUUGGUGGAUGGCUUGACAGCAGACUAAGGAGCACACUAACUUUUGGUCUGGGAUCAUUCUGUUAGAGGCAAAAAAAAAAAAAAAAUCCAAAUGUCGACACAAAGCAUUGUGCCUUACGUUCGGGACACCGGAGAUAAACAUUUAACCUAUACAUAGCUUUAACCCCAAUAUUGAUCAUUAAUAACCUGGCUUGGCUUGCAUUUUUUUCUACUUAAGCUUUGGGUUCCUGUCACUCCAUCUAAUAAAGGGAGUAACGAUUAACACCACAGUGCCAUGCGUACUGCAUUGUUAAAUCCAUUCAAAUGGGGUACAGUGAUAGUUGUGUUAAGUGUUCUUUUAAAAUAUUACAGUUAUUAAUGUCACCCUCAUUCACACUACAUCUGACAACCAUGUGUUAAAUGUCUAAUUUUUGAUAUUUAUAUAUCUUGCCAAUGAACAUUGCUUUUUUGGGGGGGGGUCAUGUCAAAAUAAUUCUAUUUUAUUCACGUACAACUGUGUACAUUUUCACCAAAGAUCAUUUGAGAUAUGAAGAAGCCUUCAUACUGCCCAACUGUAUCUAGAUGUCAGUUGAGGAUUUUGAGGAAGCACUGCUCUGUGAAUAUCUACGCAUUUUCAUUAAUUUUCUGUGUGACCAACAGUCUAGUGAAUUGCUUUUUUCAUUUUCCCGCAGACCAAUAAACUUUAUUUUUUUCUAAGUACUAAUUUUGCAUUUCAAAUGGGUCGUUCUUUGACAUGAAAGUACUGAACAGUAAACAAAAAGAAUACCAGUCUUGAGUUUUGUUUUAUUACCAUUAAAAUUUCAAAUUAUGAAUCAAAAUGAGAGCUUUGGGUUAUCUUUUUUUCUACAUUACCAAUAACUUGAGUUUUAAAGUGUUUUGUACGGUUUGGCCCACUUUAUAUGACACCUGGUUAAAUGUCUGAUUUCUUAAAACAUGGCCCUUUUCGAGAGUACACUCAGACCCUCAGAAUUGAUUUUAUAAGCUCUUGACUGCAUUGUUUUCUAACAAUUAUUAAAAUUGUAUGUGUUGUAAAAUAAAUGCCUAAGCUUUAUCUUUGUUUACUGUUGUGCUGAUGUAUUUUCAGUCUGGCCUCUUUUGAUGGUUAAUUGUUU